AUGUCUACUAAAAUUGAAAUGGGCGAGAAAAAAUUCAAAUCCUUUGUUGAGACUUUUCCUCACUGCGCGUUUGGUCUUGCUGUUGCACUUCUUUAUCCAAAUCGUGCUACUUAUUAUAAACGAUCAAUUCUGUUUUGGCUUUUAAUGUCGUUUGACUCAGUGAUGCUGUUUUGGUUCUUCACAUAUUUAUACAAAUGUGCGUAUACCGUUGACAUGUACAACCUGUCCCGAAAUAUCUCCAUCGGCAUUUUAAUCUCUGUAUUCUUUUUCAAGUAUUUUUACGUGAACUACAAAAAUGAUAAAUUUGCUGACCUGUUAAAAAAAAUCACCGACGAUCUUCUAAAAGGGAAUGAUAUGGAUGAAGAUUAUCAAGCGAUUUACGAGCAUUACAUAAAAAUUGGUAAACUUGGCCAGACGAUUUGGAUAAUCAUUCCAGUUAUGUUAAGUUCGCAGUUUCCAAUAUACGCAGGGGUCUUGACGGCUUACGAAAGUUUGAUAAGCGAUGAUGGAAAGCGUUACAUGAUCCAUGAAAUGGAUCUAAAGUGUAUUGAAGAUAAACAGUACGAUACGCCUUAUUAUGAAGUUAUUUUUGCAUACAGUCUACUGCAAUGUUUUGUUUUGAUGCCGAAUUUUGCAGGGUUAGAUGGUUCGUUCUGUAUCGCAACUAACCACCUAUGUUUGAAGCUAAAAUUAAUGGCACAUAAGCUCCGUAGAGCUUUUCUUGAUUCAAAAGAUAGGGAUGAAUUGGAAAUAAAUGUAAAGGAAUCUAUUAAAGAACAUCAGGAAGCUCUUAUUUUUUAUAACAAUUUACAAGACGUAUAUGGCGGCUGGUUGUUUAUAGUAUUUCUGUUAACAUCGCUUUUGAUAGCAAUGAAUCUGUAUCAGCUUUAUCUAAGCGAUCACAUUGACAUGAAAUACACAAUCUUUGCUGUAAGUGCUACAAUUCACAUGUUCGCGCCGUGUUAUUUUACAUGCAACUUGAUAAAGGUAAGCGAAGAUUUGAGCUGGGAUAUUUACGACGUCCCCUGGGAGACAUGGGCAGAUCCUUCAGUGACAAAGUUAUUAAUUUUCAUGAUCGCAAAAUCUCAACAAACACUUAUACUUUCUGGGAAUGGCAUUGUUUAUUUCAACAUGCAGCUCUUCAUCUCUGUCUUACAAACCGCUUACUCUUUCUUUACGCUUAUUUCUAGAUAA